AAAGUUUAUUUUGGCAAGAUGCGUCAUUGGAGGUAUGCCAAACACGGCCCCCAGCCUAGCUAAUGUCUUCUCUUGUUUUAGAUACCUCCCGCCGCCUCCCAUUCAAAAUCAAGAGACUUAAAAAAUGAUAGCUAAUCAUUCUCUGGCCAAGAUUGAUUUGAAUGGCUUUCUUAUUUGUUCCCUUAAUGUGGAUGUGCCCAUUUUGUGUAUUUUGUCCGACAGCUGAUUCAAGCAAACAGCUGAACAGAAUCGAGUUUCUUCGUUCGAAAGACACUCGAUAGCUAGCAAAAUGAAUAUCGAGAGUGCAACGAAACUCAGUGCCAACUCCACCAUGAAUUCCACCUCAGAUUCGUCAAAAGGUUCACAUGAAUCACUAACACAAAGAAAGAAUAUUACUGUGUGGGUGAUUUUCCUGGUGUUUGCGUACUAUUUGGCGAUUCUUCUCUCGUUGGUCGGUAACAUAGUCGUCAUCAGAGCUGUUAAAAGGAUUGGAGGGGCAUUGCGAAGAAAAGUACACUAUCUCUUCAUAGUAAACUUGUCCGCAGCCGAUCUUCUCUUUGCUGCCGAGACGAUUCCCAUGAUAUGUGUGCAUAUGUUAUUAGGCGGCGAAUGGCUUAUCAAAGGUCGUUUUGGUAAUUUCCUUUGCAAGUUCGACGUGUUUCUCUCAGCAGUUUUAAUUCUUACAUCGAAUCUAACGAUUUUAUCCAUUGCUGUGGAGAAGUACUUUGGGGUCUUUUUUCCACUUAAGACGAUGGUUUCGAAGAAACGGGCGUAUUUCAUUAUCGCAGCCACGUGGAUCGCAAGCGCAGUUUAUGCCACUCCACUGUUUUUCUUCGCCUAUCUCGAAAAAAGUCCCGAUGGUAAAGUCACCUGCUAUGUUUGCCCGAACUGCGAAAAGGUGAGACGAUGGUUUAUAUUUCAAACGGUUCUGUUGGCUGGCGGAUUUGUUACAACAUUGGCUUCAUAUUCAGCAAUUGGGAUUAAGAUAUCGCUCCGAAAAGCGCCUGGAAUUCAACUGUCUGGAGUGCAACGAAACGGACGAGUCAGAAAGCACAAGGCGAUAAAAAUGUUGGCAAUGCUGGUGUUUGUAUUUUACGUUUCCUUUAUACCAUUUUGGAUUUAUCAGCUUUCCCUUCUCUUCAGCUUCCACGAGAAACUGGGUCUAUAUUACAGCAUCCUUUCACCUUUCUUAAUGCUUUGCAACGGAGCUGUGAACCCCGUCAUUUACAGCGUGUAUAACAUGGAUAUUCGCCGAGAGUUUGUGUCCUUAUUUACCUGUCACUGUAAAUCACCCUGUUCAGCGGUGACGUUUCAAACAAACCAUGUGAGAAGGGGAAAUAGUCAGAAAAAAGGUUGUACAAUUGAAAGAAAAAAGAUUUAUGUUCAUAAUAACAACUUGUAUGAAGAGACACGUCUGUAA